GUUUCUAUCUCCUUCAAAGUUCUUUCAUUCUUUCACCCGACCGUCAACUGCUCUGUACAUGGCAGAAAAAGAUGCUACCGUACGCCUCCGUAGAGCGGUUAAAGAGAACAAUCUCUUCCUCGUCAAGAGGCUCAUUCAACGAACAGACAUGCGGAAUCCUGACCCCGGUCCGAAGCGCUACACAUCAUUAGCUUGGGCCGCUGUCUUGGGACAUGAGGAGACGUUCGAGUUUUUACUUACAGCUGGGCAUGACGAUGAAGAACUCAGCAGGGAAUCUGAGAACAACACCAUCCUCAUGCUAUUGGCUGAUUUCAAGCCCCCGCCACCUAACCCUUACGCGCCAGGCCCCUCGCAGGUUGAUCUCAUGGGUGCUGCGCUUCGUAUGGCAAGACUUUACUACGAACGUUACCCAUGGAUUCUUGAUUGGUCCAACGUGCAAGGGAAAACAGCGCUACACAUGGCCGCUCUCAAGGGAAACGAAGAACUCGUUCGCAUGCUGUGUGAUUUGGGUGCUGAUUUCGAUCUGUCGGAUAAUAAAGGCAAUACUCCUCUACAUUAUGCAAGUUCUUGGGGUCAUAUCCCGAUUGUCCAACUUUUGAUCGAACGAGGUUGUCAAUUUGCUGCUCGGAACAAUGACGGAUUCACUGCGUCCGAUUACGCAUAUUCUUUCAGCACCCGAGACACUUUGCAGGACUCUGCCCGUAUGCAAUUUGAGACUAAUAAGAAAUCUAGACGCAUGGUAUUUGCACAAGCCGCUGCUCGAGGCAAUGAAUGGCCCAUUGCUAGACCGCCACCUAUUCCAUUAAAGCCACCCAGCGUUGGGAGGAACGGGUCUCGAAUGCGGAGCAGCUCAGGUGGAAGUCGCACUACCGCGACAUCUGACAGCGGCGAUGUAGACAGUGCUGGGCAAGGGCCAGGACAAGGAACCAGUCUUUCAUCUCUCUCAGCAUCUUCGACAACGUCACAACCUUCGAGAUUACCCUCACAUCAAUAUACCCACCCUCAUUCGCAGCGAUCUGAUAACAUGUCCUCGGCCAGCAGUACAGGCACUUUCCCCUCCCCGGGACCUUCGCAGGGACUUACACUCAAUCCACCUCUUGCGCAACAAAAUUCACUGUCACCAAUCGUGAACCGCAUGCGGGAGCGAGACGCGGACGAGAUAGAGAAGUACAUGAGGAGAAAUCGUAGCGGAAGUGCGGGAACAGCGUCGACGGACAAUAAAUCACAGAAUGGGAAUAACUUCGCUUCGGCUGGUCCUUCGGCAAACGGUGACGAUAUCACUGCACUGGCUUCUUUAGCCAUCACCGGAUCGACGGCACCUCGAAAAUCUCUCAGACCUUCAUUUUCUGCUGCACAGCUCCGCACAACACCGUCUCCCCUUGCCGCACAAACCCAGAACAGUCAAGUAGACACUCUGAGAAAUCGUUCGGGAACAAAUCCGUCCAGCGCACGUCCAGCACAAGCCACGCCUUCGCCAAUUCCUGUUCUCACACGCGCAUCUUCCUCAGAUACCUCUCAACACGAAGAGAAGUUGGUGGGGGAACCUGGGACAUUCACCGGACCCCCCACGCUAUACGCGCAGUUCCCGGAACCACCUAAGAAAGGGGUCCGUAUUGCAUCAUCAGCUACUGCUGCAGCUAUAAGCCGAAGACUACCCAGUAUCUUUUCGUCCAAGUCCUCACCUGCUCAGCCCCCUCCUACACCCACCCCUGACCCACCCCAAGGUCAUCAUAACCAUCGGAGAGGCUCUUCAACAGCUUCUAUUCGCGGAUAACUGUUUAUUUGUUGUACGACUUUCAUCUGGACUUCACUUCGGUUGUACGUUCCACUGUUCAAUUUUUGUAGUGGGAUUAGUUUCCGCCUGGACAUUUUUAUACACCCAGCAUUGUCUGUUUGCACUAGUACUGUAGCACAACUUAUUUGUAGCAAUUGCACCCUUCCUCAUACAA